AACUCAUCGGAUUAGUACAAUUGUACAGUCCAAAGUGAACACAACAGCAGCGCUUCUGCAGUCGGAGCAUCUUCUAACUACUUUCCAAGUUGACAUCCUUCAACAAAAAACAACUAAACAACAACUUAGAAAUGGCAGCAAAGAGAAUGGAUUUAAAUGUGCCCACGUUUCUGGUGCUGAGCGGUUGCUCCAAUCCGCUUGGCCAGACGCUUGCCCAGGAGCUCUGCGGUCGCCUGGCCGCCGGUUCGGUGGCUCUGCUGCUCGACGAGAGUCCGGAGCAAUUGCAAACGCUCGCUCAACUGCUGAGCGAACAACAAGUGCAACCGGAUGCGGUGCAAAUCUUUACGGGUCAACGAUUGAUGGAUGCGGAGCAACUGAUGGAGCAGAUAUUGCAAAAGAACGACUCAAAGGGAUGCUUCCAGCGGAGCAUCAUUGUGCAUAACGAGGGCGAUGCUGCGACCCAUGUGCUGAUCGAGCCGCAGUCCCCGAAGGAGUGGAACGCCUAUGUGGAGCGUCAGUUGAUGGCACCGGUGGCGCUCAAUCAGCGCUGGUUGCGCGCCAAGCAGCUGGCUGGCAUCGAGAAGCUGGUGAUCAAUGUGACAUCGUCGCUGCAGGUGCGUCCGCUGAUCUUCAACACGCUGCUGUGCUCCUGCAAGAGGGCGCGGGACAUGUAUUUCCGUGCCAUGGCUGCCGAGGAGCAGCGCUCGAAUGUCCAUGUGCUCAGCUAUGCGGCGGGACUCUUCAAGACCCACGACACGCAGUUGGACAUUAACGGUAACAUUGUGGAUCCCGAGCAGCUGUUGGGUGGCAUGGAUCAUCAAAAGGAGCAGAAGGCGCUGCCACGUGUGCAGCCAUUGCAAUCGACACUCAAGUUGAUCAACAUACUGGAGCAGAAGGCCUUUGUCUCCGGUCACGAUGUCGACUACUAUGACACAUUUGUCUUAUGAGUAGCAACGCAGUCGUGGCCCAUGCAUCCAACCUGUGAGUGGAUCGCAUUGACACGGACUGCUGCAGACGCGAACG